CACUUCAUUCAGAGUGGGCUGGGAGCAGAAGCAGCACAGCAGAGGUGACGGAACGAUGGAGAGAAGUGAGAAGAUGGAAGUUGUCACUAAAGAGGCACUUCUCCACCCACCACCAAUGCACCACCACGCCCUGGAUCUGGGCUGCUGCCCCUGCUGCGACUGCUGCGACUGUUGCUCCUUGCCUGACUGUUGCUCCUGCCCCAGCUGCAGAAGCUGCCCUGGCUGCUGUGGUUGCCCCAGCUGCAGCAGCUGUCCCAGCUGCUGCUGCUGCCCCAGCUGCUGCUGUCCCCCCAGUUGCAGCUGCUGCUGCCGGCUCUGCUGCUGCCUCCCAAACCUUCUGUGCAAGCUGCCCAAGUGCCCCAGCUGCCCUGUGCACAUCAAGAGGCUCUUGAUCGUCGUGGUUAUUGUUGUCCUCAUCGUGGUGAUCAUCGUGGGUGCUCUUCUGAUGGGACUGUUCAUCACCCAGACACACACUGAGACGGUUUUGCAAAUGACCAUUGAAGGGCUGGAAGGGAGACAGUCACAGCUGAACCUCUCCAUGGAUGAAGAAGUGGCCACGUUCCACGUGGAAGAUGGAAUCAAUGACCCAGCCACAGUAAUUUAUUACUUUGGCAAGCAACUGAUUGGUUACAAAUCCUGGAAUAGGAAAGCCUGCUUCGUCACCGCAAUGGACAAGGGGAACGUCCAAGGCCUAGAUACUAUUCUUAAAAAAUUCCAGACCAAGCUUCCUAUGCAGAGGGAGGAAGAGGGAACAUUCCUUCUGACCCCAGCUGAUCACUCCAUCCUGGGUGCCACAAUUAACAUCCUCUGUAGCCAUGUCCCCAUUUUCUGGGUCUAACCAGGUUCACAUGAAAGAACUAAGCCUUGGAAUUGCUCCAACAUGGAACAAGAAUGCCUCUGAGCAGCUGCUGAAGACUUCAUGGGUUUUGUUUCUGGACCUAUUACACAAAUAGCAUUAUGGUGGUCUUGCAUUUGGGCUCAGUUCAGCGUACUGAGACUGGCUUUGGGUGUUAGCAAUGAUCUGCAGAUACCGGAAAUUUGCACAAGCUGUAUUUCCUCAUAGCAUUAAUGCCUGAAGUCAGACUCAUAAAAGAAAUCUUCAGUGGG